ACAUGUCAUGCCAUGCAACAAGAAUGGAACCUGUUUGAACUUGUUGACAACUUAGGCAGUGGGCUCGGUGUAAGUUGUUUUGGUUUUCAGCCAUGGGGACAAAAUGAACCAAAAGGAUUAAAUGGAUUAUGGAUAGAAAUGCCCAAAAAUCCUUGCCUAAAGGAUUGUUCCCUUAUGAAAAUCAAGUCGCCGGUCAUAAUGCCAAUCCGAUAGGAGUUUUGAAAUCAGAGGACGGUUCCAUAUUAAAACCGCUUCUCAAAGAACCGCAAAGCUCUUGCGAGGUGAAGUUUUACGAAAAAAUCAAUAGCGAUACUGGAAUCUUGGGAGAUCUGAGGAAGUUCACUCCUUGUUUCAAAGGGACAAUGAAUCUGACCAUCAAUGAUAAAGACAUUAAGUUCUUAAAGCUGGAAGAUAUGACUAACGGUGCUGUAAAACCUUGUGUCAUGGAUGUCAAGAUUGGAUCACGGACUUGGGCCCCAGACGCGUCUGAAACCAAACGUCAAACCGAAGAUAGGAAGUACAUGAGUACAAAGCAAGCAUAUGGCUUCUGCAUUCCUGGCUACAAAGUAUAUAAUCUGUCAAAAAACAAUAUAUCCAUAUUUAGCAAGGAGCUUGGGAAAAAUUUAACUCCGGAAGAAGUUCCAACAGUAUUUAAAGAUUUCCUGAAUCACAGUUCCGGCCACAUGGGAUUUCUGAUAGACAGGUACCUGCCCGUAAUGAUGGAAAUGUUGGAAUGGUGGAGAUUGCAGAAGGUCGUCCAUCUGUAUUCUAGCUCUUUGUUAUUUUUCUACGACGCUCACCGGUUGGAGGCCAUGAAUAAAGAGAGCACGCAAGAUUGCAACGCAUGGAUUAAAAUAAGAAUGAUAGAUUUUGCACAUGCUGUACCUGCAGAGAGCAUAGAUUCUAAUUAUACAGAUGGCCUUUCAAGGCUCAUAGAAUUGUUAAAGAAAUUAAGACUGGAAUAUAAAUAAUUUAUUUUUGUUAUUUUGCUUAAACCCAAAA